AAUGGUUAUCAAAACAGAUUUGUGCUCCUUUAGUGAAUGGAGAAUCUAUCCCGGACAUGGAAGAAGAUUCGUUGCCAAAGAUGGCAGACUCUUCUACUACUUGAAUUAAAAGAGUAGAGCAUUUAGUGCAAGAAAAGUAUUUGAAUCAUCAUAAUAUUAAGAUUAAAUCAUAAGAAAUUCAAUGGACUGUUGCUUGGAGAAGAUUGAAUAAGAAAAUUAAGACAGAUGAAGGAGCUAAGAAAAGAAGAAUUAGAAAUCUUAAAGUAUAAAGAGCCAUUGUUGGUAUUUCAUUAGAAGAAAUCAGAAGAAGAAGAAAGGAAGAUGAUAGUAUUACAUUUUUCUAAUGACAUCUAGAAACUAGAAAGGCAUAAGCUGAAUAAGCAGCCAGAGAAAUUAAGGACAGAAAGCAAAAGUAAAUUGAAGCUUCAAAGAAGAAACCUGCUGCAGCUUAAAAAGUAGCAUAAAAAGCAGAAGUUAAAGCUUAAUAAAAAGCUCAAAAAGGUGCUGCUAAAACCAAUAAAGGCAAAAAAUGAU